AUGGUGAAAACAGUCCUAUCAAAUGAUUCAGGCAUUCGUAAACGUCUCGAAGAUGACAGUAGUAAUAUUAAACAAGUCAAUGACACAACCAGUUUGCUGAAAAAACCUUAUCAAAAACUCGACAAGAUGGUGUUGACUUGGGAUGAGAUCCCAGAAUGGAUGCGUGACAAUGUAUACAUUAUUAGAGGGUACAGACGGCAAUCCGAUAAUUACAUAGAAUGUUUGAAAAGCAUGUUUUAUCUUCAUAAUGAAUUCGUCAAUAUUUGGAGCCAUCUGUUGACAUUCUUCUUAUUUUUGGGAUUGGGUAUCCAUUUUCUUUGGAGAAAGCCCUUCUACGGCUCAUUAACAACGUUUGACAUCAUCUACUUCUACUUGUUCAUCUGUGGAGCGUUAUUAUGUUUGGGUUUCAGCGCUUGUUUCCAUUGUUUUUCAAACCAUUCAGAGAAAGUAGCAGCAGCCUGGAAUCGUUGCGAUUAUGCGGGAAUUACCUGUUUGAUUGUAGGAUCUUUCUUCCCUGUUAUAUAUUAUGGAUUCCAUUGUCAUCACAUUUUACAAGUCGUGUAUUUGUCCACCGUCAUGGUGUUGGGGUCUAUCACGGCGGCUGUGACAUUAAUGAAGCAUUUCCGUACACCAGCUUAUAGAUGGAUCCGUGCAAGUUUAUUCAUGCUACUAGGUUUAUUUGGACUUAUUCCAACCUUCCACGGAAUCUGGAUUUAUGGCCUCAACAAUGCAAUGAGAACUAUCUCCUUAGGACAUAUGGCGCUUAUGGCAGUUACGUAUAUCAGCGGUGCAUUGAUUUAUGGCUUCCGUUUCCCUGAACGCGCUCGUCCUGGCAAAUUCGAUAUUUUCGGCGCUUCGCAUCAAAUUUUCCAUUUCUGUGUUACCAUAGCCGUUAUUUCGCAUUAUCUGGGAGUUAUGAGCGCCAUGGCUUUCUGGCAUGAUACAUCCAAUGUUGGAUUCUGUCAAGCACUAUUCUUAUAG